UACAGUGUUGAGCAUCUCACUGAUUAAACAACGUGAUGCCCUGUAACCUGAGAGCAUUCGUAUCAGACAGAGAACACAUUUUCUUCAAGACGGCUGGAAUAUGGAUCCUCAAAUGCUAUACGUAGCCUUGGGGCUGCUAUCUGUGGCCUUGUCGAUCUCUUUAUGCCUCAAUGUGAUCUUCUGCAUCAAGCGAAGAACUAUUUUGUGCAGAGAAAAAAAUGGGUCCUGCUGCCCCCACACUUCUGAAGAAGAAACCCUGUCACACAAUGAAGGGCAUUAUUUUCAUGACCUUAAUCAUCAAGAGCAGAGGGAAAAUCCCCACAAUCAUCAUGAGCAACAGGAAAAUCCAAUCUAUGGCAACAUCAGCACAGAGAGAAGAGGUUCUGCAGAGGGUUGCUAUGAGAUGAUGACCAUGCAACGCACAAGAGAAAAUAAGAAGCCUUUCCAGAAUGACCUGAACUAUGCCUCACUGGACCUGAAGACUGCAAAGAAACGAAAGAAGAAGCAUCGCCAUCAGCAUAGCCAGUCACAGGGACGAAAUCAUUUCCCCGAACAGCAGUCAGUCCACCACACACCUCCUCUGAAUACAUUCUUGGAGGUGGAUGCAGACAUGGAUGCUCAUCUUCCGUCCAGAGACACCAGCACCAUGGUUUCACACAGCAGCAUCUACCUCAACAGUCAACAAAUAGCUCAACAGACAGAGGAAAUGGAAAGAGAAAAGAAUCUGACACUGGAGAGGAAUGUUGGUUGGAAUAGUAUGCGAAGGCGCGAUGAUGGAGGAGAUCAAGAGAGUGAAGAAAUGAAAGAUGAACAAGAGUGUAACAAUGGGAAUUUAUGUGAACAGCUUUCAGAAGUAGAAACCAUUCAGAGCUGCACAGAUCCUUUUAUUGGUAACUUUAGCCAGGAUGGUCACCAGCACGGUUAAACAAACAUAUCAAGUUUUACUGUUUCAAACUGUUUUGAACUGAAAUCUAUAUCACCUGAAAAAGACUUUUUGGUUUUUAUAUUAUUUUAUUUUAUUUUAUUUGCAAAAAACAAACUACUGUCUAUUACUACAGCUGUAAAAUGAAACUACGUCAUCUUCAAUAUUCAAACUGCUUGCAGGGUUGAGCAAUUUCCUCUCCGAGGCAGACAAGAUGAGGUCUCCUCAUUGAGCAACAGAGGAAGAAAAGUGUACCUUUCAUGCAGAGGGUGUAAUAAAUGUAAAUAAAGCGAAAAGGAAACUCUUUGCGUGACAUUUAGAUGUCAAGGCCCAUGUGGAAAAUUUUCAGUUUAUUGCAAAAGAUGAGGAAAACACCAAAUCAUCACAGGCCAUGGAAGAACUCUCACUGUUUUUAUGUCUCAUCAUCAUAUAUUACCAGAUGUCUCAUAGAAAGGUGUGAAGAAACUAUAUCUUACAUUUGUUUUCCACGAUGUGGGCGCUGGCUAUAUGCUGAGAGGGAAUGUUUCACUGAAAAACUCGACAUGCCUCAGCAUAUGUGAAACCGCCUCUCGAUAAUGCUUAGAGUGAAGAUAACAUUAACGUGAAGAUAACGUUUAAAAAACAGUGAAGUAAAAACAAAAAGGGGGGGGAAACUUUAAGUGGGACAUAAGUGAUGACAUUUUGCUUUCCCUGUGGGCACAUUGCUUUGUUGUAAAUGUCAACCAUGUAGGAUUUUACAUGUCAUGGUUAUGACAAUGGUCGUUACUUUAAUAAUCUAUUGCACAUAUGAGCUAAUUUGCCAUCUGCUUAAAUGAUUAUUUCCCUCACUGUAAUCCCUUGGCAGGAUAAUUUACUGCCCUGCUAUCUGCCGAGGGAAUUGAGCUAUGCAGUGAACUCAGCAGUCAGAAGCCUGCAGCCCACUCUUUGUUGACAGUUUUUCAAUAGCUGACCAUGGCCUACUUCCCCUCUAUGGAUUAAAUUUUGGCCUUGGGCAUUUUGGAUGCAACUCUUGCAGACAUAUGGGAAUGUCACAAAAAAAAACUUUUCACGGAUAACACCGUUAGUAACUGUCAUGUAUGAGGACAUAAAGGCAGUCAUUUAUACAGGAUGUUUUUGCAUAUAUAUAGAAGUUGUUGUAAUUAGAAGCAGUUUAUAAUUUAUAUAUAUUUUUCCCAAAUGUCUGCCACAAUUUUUAAGAAUAUGGGUAUCAAUCUUAUACUGUAGCCUAUUAAGUUGCACUGGGCAUUUCCUGGGUUACUCUAUAAAUAAGUAUGAAUUGACAACUUAGCUUUUAGAUCUAUCGCAAUUGUAUAAUUGAAAAAAGAGAUAAAGCUUUUAAUGUGCUCUGAAAUCUAAUAUGACAUGAUGAGAAGCAAAAGGAAACGCACUCAUCUUUACAGAGACAAAGGAAAUUAUACUGUUUUAUACUAUGCUCUUAGAUUAAACAUACACACCAAGUACCAAAGUUUAUGACUGGGUUACAGUAAAGUAUUAAAGGGAGGUUGACAAUGCAGGAAAUCAUUCAACUACAUAAUGUCUUCAUAAUAAUGAUUUAAAUAAUUAAAUGAUUGUGCAGUCCACAAGAAUGGCUCAGCCAAGCUGACGCUCAUUUUGAGGGCCCUGCGGGAACUGUGUUUUACUGCUGACUUAUCUUUCAUCAAGUAGUAAGAAAAUUUCCUUGAGGUACAAUUUCAAAGGUAUUUGUCUGUCUUUCAGCAAGGUUCUGCAAAAAUCUGCAAAAUUGCAUAAUGUGGCUGUGAGAAGACAGAAAAUACAAAAGAAGAUUAAUUUUUUAUUGAAAAAAUAAC